GACCAACUCUCGUUUCAUCAGAGUAAGAUGAGCCUUACAGGCGCUGCAAACAGCGGCCCGCAGAUCACAGGUUUGCCUGCGGCUCGGGAUGCAUCAAGAAACAAUGCGUUUGCGGGCAGGUCGCAAAUGGUCAGCGUCAGGACGAGUGAAGCCACAACUAAAUUUUCAGAAUUUAACGACGGCUACACCACGGGCGAAACCGUCCACGCCACGCCGCUCUUGGCAGAUACUAGCGCCAACGUGCUUCCGCACCCGACAUCAUGGAGUUUACCGGAGCAUCAGCGUCGCAGUUUGUUCGGUGCAAAUGACAGAGAGCCAGCGAGCAUUGCGGCACAACAUGGACUUCCGGCUUUAGGCUCUCGCGGCAGUGACGGACGUGCCCAACGUGACAAUGUCACUCCUAUCGACGCAACGAGCUACGAAGCUGCUGCUCUCCUCUACGAUACGGUCACAUCCCAUAUCCAAAAUUUUUUUCCGCUUGGAACUGGAGAAAGUGCAGGAGCAUGGGCCGGGUGUAAUCGCACACGACAGCAGACUGACGCAACAGGAGCAGGAGCGCCGGACUACAACCAGACGGAUCGUGAACAGAGUAAGCCGAAUGCAGAACGAGGCGAGGGCAGCAACCGGUUGUAUGCCACGCUGCAUCAUCAAGGACAACAGGGAAAGCGAACGAUAAAGGCGACGGCUGCUCCCGGCGGAACCUUCCGCUCUUCACGGCCAAAUCCCCAGCAAUGCUCUGAGCAACUCCGUCAGGCAGCACAUUCGUGCCGCCCUGCCGCUGGCGGAAGCACAAUAGCAGAUCCGCGACCAUCCUCACGACUUCCUCUGCCUGAGUCGCAGGCUGUACUUGGCGGAACCAGGCAACCUGCAGGGGGCGCAUCGAGAACAGCACCUCCGAGCGCGCACGGAAGCAACGCAACGACAUUGCUACGUGGGUCCCGUCAGAAUAAACUUCCCUGGCCGCCGCGUUCUACCUUGGUCCCUAACCAAACCUUGCCAAAAGGAGGAGCGAGCGCCUCCACUUUGCAACAACUACCUGCUGACCACGAUUUCAUCGAUGAAGGGGCUGGACCCACCGCUCGGCGGGGCUGGCACGAACAGUCCUCGGACUCUUCCACGCCACCCCUGGCGUGGUCCGCAAAAGACUUUUUCCUCGAGCAGCGGCAACUCCUUCAGCAGCAGCAGCAGCAGCAGCAGCAAAGGGGCUGGCCGAAGCCUCCACCUAGUGCUAGCACUAUACCUCCCGAAGUAGAACAGAUUUCUUCCUAUGUCGACUACAACUACCAGUAUAACCAGCUGCAUCAGGGGGCGACCUCCAGGACAUCCACAGCCAGUACCACUGGAGCUGGAGCAGGAGAGCAUCAACAUCCACAGGAGAUUUCUUAUCGCGGUCAUCUACUGCCACCGUGGUCUCACACAGACGGACCGCAAGCACGGAACAUAUCGGCG